GUUUAAGAUCAGAAGUAAUUUUCGGUACCAGCCACCAGGGUAAACCAAUGGUUCGGUGACGCCCGUUAUUUUGUUAAUCAAUCGGCGUUAUUGGAACCUUGCGGAUUUCCGUCAUCAGACGAGCCUUUCUGUAUCCCUAUGACACCAAAUUCAUGCUUCCAAACCGCCGCCGCCGCCGCCGCCGCCCCGGCCGCCGCCUGCCUUGACGUCGCCGCCAUCUCCGACCUCAUCGCCCGCCAGCACUGGUCCCGCCUCAAAGUCCUCGCCGGAAUCACCUCCGCCGCCGCCGCCCCCCAACUCCUCCACAUCCUCCUCGAUUCCCCUCAUGCCGAUCCCCCCACCGUCCGCCGCCUCUUCCGAUGGUCCGAAUCCCACUUCCACUCCCCUCACCCGCUCCCCCUCCACUGCCGCCUCCUCCAUUCCCUCGCCGCCGCCAAGCUCUACUCUGACCUCCGCUCCGAGCUCCACUCCCUCGCCAAGUCCGGGCGCCACUCCGCCCCUUCCAUCCUCCACUCCCUCUCCAUCUCCAGCGACACCCACCGCCGGGGCGCCUCCCUCUCCGUCAUCGCCGAUAUGCUGGUCCUCGCCCUCGUUAAGAAUUCGAGAACCGAGUCAGCUUUGGAAGCCUUCUAUCGUGCCGGGGAUUACAGCUGCCGGCUGUCGACCCUCUCCUGCAACCCUCUGCUAAGCUCUUUAAUCAAGGAGGGAAGGACCGAGAAUGUCGAGAAAGUGUACAAAGAGAUGAUCCGGCGGAGGAUCGCCCCUAAUCUGAUCACCUUCAACACCGUGAUCAAUGGCCUUUGUAAGGCCGGGAAGCUCCGGAGGGCCGGGGACCUCGUCGAGGAUAUGAAGUCUUGGGGGUUCUCGCCGUCAGUGAUUACUUACAAUACCCUCAUUGAUGGGUGCUGCAAAAAGGGCCAAGCAGGGAAGAUGUACAAGGCCGAUGCUCUCUUGCGGGAGAUGGUGUCAGCGAAGAUCCACCCCAAUGUGGUUACCUUCAACACACUGAUUGAUGGGCACUGCAAGGAUGGGAACACCUUGGCGGCGAUGAGGUUUCUCGAGGAAUUGAAAAGGCAGGAGCUGUCUCCUAAUGUGGUCACCUAUAAUACCUUGAUUAAUGGACUCUGCAGCGAGGGCAAGGUCGAUGAAGCUCUCGGGUUGCUUAAAGAGAUGGAGGCAUCAAAUGUGAUGCCAAAUGUGGUGACUUUUAAUGGGAUUGUUAAUGGGUUCUGCAAGAAAGGGAUGUUGGCUGAGGCAAAGGGAUUGCUGGAUGAUAUGUUGGAACGGAAUUUGGCACCAAGUGUUAUCACGUUCAAUACUUUGAUUGAUGGGUGUUGUCGUUCAGGUUUGAUGGACGAUGCAACUGGGUUGAAGAGGCUUAUGGUGGGGAGUGGAGUACAUACCAAUGUUUCGACCUAUAACUGUUUGAUAUCUGGUUUUUGCAACAAUGGGGAUAUGAACAGUGCUACAAAGCUAUUGGAUGAAAUGGAAGAGAAUGGUGUGAAAGCCGAUCUCAUAACAUACAAUGUGCUGAUCAGUGCCUUGUGCAGGGAACAGAAGACAGCAAAGGCGGUCAAACUUUUGGAUGAGAUGCAGGAAAUUAGUUUGCAGCCAAGUCAUGUAACUUAUAACACUCUUAUUGAUGGGUUGUGUAAGAAAGGGAACCUCAGGGCUGCUUUGAACAUAAGGGCAAGGAUGGAGAAGGGUGGAAAGCAUGCGAAUGUCGUCACAUAUAAUAUUCUCAUCAAGUAUUUUUCUGGGGGAGGUAAGAUGGAUGAGGCAAAUGAGCUUCUGAAUGAGAUGUUGGAGAAAGGUUUGGUUCCAAAUAGAGUUACUUAUGAUAUUAUUAAGGAAGAAAUGGUUGAGAGAGGGUAUAUUCCAGAUAUAGAUGGACAUCUUUGCAAUGAUGCUGCUUGAAUCCCAUUAGUGGAUGGCGUUGCGAAUGCUAUGCUUCUCAUGGAUUUCAGAUGUCAGGAUAUGGCAGGCGACCAUGAUGAAAUAUAUGAACCCAUAAGGGUCUAUUUAUGGCAUAAUUGAUCUGAAAGCAAUAUCAAGAAAACUGACUACUUGUUUUGCUCAAGAAAGUUCAUUGCCCGGUAGAGUCGGUAAUGAUAUAGUUGCGGAUGAAAUGUUGGAGGGAUGUAUGCUUGUGAUGUACAUUAAAAUUUUCUAAUGAUGUUCUUUGAACCCAAUUGGAGAAAUCAAGACUGCUACAUACCAUGUGGUUAUCAGAAAGAGAGUCACUUAUGGUAUUAUUGAAGAAGAAAUAGUUGAGAGAGGUUGUGUUCCAGAUAUAGAUGGACGCCAUUGUAAUAGUGCUGCUUGAAUCCUAUCAGGUGAUAAAAUUGGGAAUGCUGUGCUCUUCAUUGUUUUCAGACAUGAGGAAAUCAUUGUUUCAAGAAUUUCUUUGAAAGAGUUUUCCUAGUCAGUGGCAGGUGUUGAUGGUGAAACAUAUGGGCCCAUAUGGAUCUAUGCAUGGCAUAGUUGAUUUGAAGCAAUAUCUGGAAUGGACCAGUACUUUCUUUACAUUCGUUCCCUGGCAGAGUUGAUAAUUACAUAGUUGAGGAUGAAUUUUGGAGAGAGGUAUUUUGUGAUAUUUAUGAAAUUAUGGUAACCAUGCUUCUUAGAGCCUAAUUGGAAAAACCAAGAUAGGUACAUACCAUUUGGUUAUCAGAUGCAAGACCGGUAUGUACAAUGUGGUUAUCAGAAGCAAAGAAAAAAAAUUAUUUUGAAGGAUUCCCUUUAGAAGAACAUCAGUGAGUUUCAUGCAUUCAUAGGCACCAUCAAUUGUGAAGUUCUGAGCCUCUGGAGGAUUUAUUUAGUGCGAAAAUGAUUUGAGAGAAUUAACAAUCAUGAAAUCUCUCAGUAUUCUUUCUCUAAGUUUGUUACACAAAGAUGGUGUUGGUACCAUGGCUGUGCAUGUGGAAGCCAUGCUGGGAUGGCUGGACUAUAUACAACAACUAAAUUUCUAAUGGUGAAGCUUCUGGGCGGUUAGUUACUACCAUGACAUUUUCAUUUAACAGUUCAUGUUUCAACAAAGCAAGCAGAGGUCAAGGUAGCGAGCUAUUGAGUUCAUACAAAUGUCGUAGCCGGAGGUUAGGAGGUGAUGAUGGUGCUUGGAGAAUGAACGUAGACCAAGGCUUAGAGUUUGUUGAACACAAUCGCACCACCAUAAUGCUGUUUUGGAAAACCUCUUUGAUAUUGUUAUCUGGCAGAACUUGUUGGAGUCGUGACAUUGUUAAUUGUGGUUUGGAAUUGGCGACGGCCAGUUCAGGUUGCCAGGUCCCUCUGCAUGUGUUUUUGGAUUAGGGCCAUGAUGAUUCAGCAAGCGAAAGCUACUUGGCUGACAAAUAGAAGACUCUACAGCAAAGGAUCAUUGUCGAGCAAUUAACCAUAAAAACUGUUCAGUUGGCAGUCAAAGACUAUUUUGAUCACUUGCUUGACCCUCACAGCUGAAGAGUGGACAGAUGUCAAUACCACACCCUUGCAUGUGCUAUGCUCAUAUUGUGUGCAACUAAUUUGUUUAUUUUGAAAAGAGAAUUUUGGAUGAAAUAAUUUCAGCAAGAUUUCUUUCCAGCAAAACAAAGUAUGUUCUGAAUUUCUGCAAUUAAUUCUUCUAAAAUCAAAUUCUAGUUUUUGUUUUUUGAAUAUUUAUAUUAAAAUCUUGCAACUUAAUC